UACUGCGGUUAGUAGAGUACAAGCAACGGAAGUCAACGGUUGUGUGUAACGCGAAAGACUGUGUAUUCACAUGCCUACCUACGAAAAAUGUUUACGAACCACAAGAAAGCACUGCUGAAUUAUUACAUGUAUUGAUUUUUAACUAGAAACUCAUAAAUUAUAACAAAUAAAGUGCAUAAAAAUAUUCAAUUUAUGUGUGGGUGAUUAUGUAAACGUCAAGUCUCGGCAAAAUAGCAAUCAACCAUCAAUCAAAGCCAUGAAGAAACUCUCACUUACGCCUGCGCGCGCAUUUCGCUUACGCUCGAUUCAUUUGGAGGUAUGCAAUAUGCUGCUAAGCGCUUACCUAAUGGCCAUUUGCGUGCGUUGCGUACCGAAGAGGUGACGCGAAUUUCACUACGAUGUUGUUAAGCGAAGCUUCGAAUACGAAUUUACCAAUGGCAUUGGAAAGAAGAAUAAGACAUAAAAAGUAGUAAUAUUCGAAAAAUACAUUUUUGAAACUUUGGAUUUGAUCUAAAGAAGAGUAUACGUUCUGAAGCACAUUUCCUGGGGACUUUUGAUCACAUAUCAGUCCUUGAAGAUCACUUCCGCAUAGAUACUUUAUAACCGUAUAAGUAUCUGACUUCGCACAGUAGGCCUUCUCUCCCACUGUUAUCAUCAGCGGGAAAAAGUAACUUUUUGUCUACGUUCGCCUGCUAUAGUAAACCGUCUGCAGUUUUAUGUCGGGGUAACUACCAUUAUCUGCAUUUGUUAAAGAUUUUCCGAUGAGAUUCAGUUCAAAAUAGCGUGCAAAUCGUUUCUUCGUUCUCUCGAACAAUUCAGGAACCGGUUCGCCGCAUUAACUAUCAUUCGAACUUCUAAACAAUGUAGACAUUAGGUCGGACUUUAAGAGGAUUAUGAAGUAUCACUCUUGUUCGUCGAGAAAGAAUUUUAAUCCUCAAUUACAGACCUCUGCUAUUUCCUUCCUGUCGUCCUUCAAACACUUGUUCCCUAUCUGCCUCAAGAUACUUUUGUCACUAUUCACCUAAAUUAUAUCGAGGAAGGCCUGGUGUGUCAAAAGAUGGAUACAGUCUUAUAGUAUUCCGAAAAUAAAGCAUCGUUACAUAGCUUUAAGUGAAUCAAUUGUGAUAAUAAAAAGAAAUUAAGUAGCAUAGCAUAAAUAAUGUGUACAACAACGACGCAACAAUAUACAACAGUCGUUCCGAGCUUCCUCAGGACCAUUUCGAUUAUAGUUAUAUUUUCACUAGUCAACUGCCAUGCCAAGUCAUUGCUCAACUAUGAUCAAAUGCAAUCACUUACGAGGGUUCCAACAACGACAACCCUAGCGCCGACCACAGCCCCCCCACCAACAAUGCGCGAUAUAGUAAUUGGACCCUGUCGUUGGGUGAUCGGACGCAAAUGCCCCGAUAAAGAUGUGCGCUUCUACUUGUACACUCGGCGCAAUCCACAGCAGCCUCAGUACUUAAACAUCGACGAAACGUCCGAUAAGUCCAAUUUGACCAACUCGAACUUUAAUCCGCGUUAUCAGACAAAGAUUAUCAUACACGGCUAUAAUGCGGAUAUGUAUAUGAACUCCAUGCAGCGCAUGAAAUAUGAAUACUUAAUGCGCGGUGAGUACAACAUUAUCUUUGUGGAUUGGGCUGUGCUGGCGCCAGGUCCAUGUUAUGUCAACGUCGUGCAUAAUACCAAACAUGUAGGUGCUUGUGUAGCUCAACUUGUGGAACGUAUUUUGGAGACAGGCACCACCGAUAUGCAUGUCAUCGGAUUCUCGUUGGGCGCACAGCUAACGAAUUAUGUUGCGCGAAAUUUGGGCUCAUUUCAGUUGCCGAGAAUAACAGGUCUCGACCCGGCCAUGCCGUUUUUCAUCACCUCCGGCAUCAAUGAUAAAUUGGAUCCCACUGACGCUGCUUUCGUCGAUGUAAUACAUACGAAUGCCUUUGUACAGGGUAAAAUAGAGCGUUGUGGACAUGCGGACUUCUACAUGAAUGGCGGUAUAUUACAGCCCGGUUGCAAUAGCGAAAACACAAAUCCAUUUGCCUGCAGUCAUCAGCGCGCUGUCGAAUAUUUUGCGGAAUCGAUACGUUCACGUAAAGGUUUCUGGGGUUGGCCUUGCAGCUCGUACAUCUCAUAUUUGCUCAAUAUGUGUCCGCCCACAAAUUAUCUAAUCGAAGCGGGCGAAGAUAUAAAGCUUAGCACAAAGGGUAUGUUUCUAGCGGAGACUAAUGAUACAGCGCCGUACGCUUUAGGCAAAUGGACCGAUUUACCGACAUUGGGUAGACAAAAGCCUACCAUUAAUAAUGGGCGAAUCACGAUAACGUUGCCACAACCGUCGGCCUUCCGUGAUCCCUUGUUGCAGCAAGUGGAUCAAUGGAAUAAAUUAGACUCACAUUUCAAUGGCAUUGAACCACAACCGACGCCAUAUUCACAAGAUCCCAACGGCGAAAAUUGGACUUACUUCAGUGGCACUGGCACCGGUGACAUAACCGAUACUUCGCAGGCCGGUAAUGAUUCAGUUGGCUCGGUGGAAGAGCAAAGUUCAGAGGAUGUACAGAAAGUGCAUGAAACCCAAAUUGAAUGGCUGGAGUAUCGCCGAAAUCUGACCAAUGGCCAUAUAGAAAAUAGUAUUUUUAAAGUGCCUCAUAUUGAAGGUGCAGAGUUGAAUAGCAGAAAGCUAAGCAGACAGCCGCGCGGAAAUGAAAUAAACUGAUAAGUUAUAAAAGUGAUUAAAUGUUUAAAAAUAUAAACUCUUUGAAAACAGAA